UUGCAUUAAUUGCACGCAUUGCACAUUGAAAAUGUCUUCGGUGGUCAAUUCCUCAACACAGUCAAGGCAGAUCAAAUUUUAUAAUCCAUCCUCGUCAGCCAGUUCUGACAGCGAUGACCGUGGCGAUUUAACCGAACAGCUGUAUAUUGAUCCCAACUGCGGAAUUACGGAAUUUUUCGGAUGUCCAGCAUCACCGACCACUGUACCAGCAAGAACUCCACAAUGUUUGGAGUCACCUGCCCGCCCUGGGCCGCCUCGCAGGCGUCAACGUACUACAUCUAUGAAUAAUCAGGUGACCACGGCGAAUCCAUCAGAAUGCGUAAUUCGCUCGAACAAUCGUACUAUUUACACGGCUGGCCGUCCACCCUGGUACAAUUGUGCCGGUAGUGCAGUGGAACCCUUUGUAAUAGGUAUUUGUGGUGGCAGUGCAUCCGGCAAGACGACGGUUGCUCAGAAAAUUAUCGAAUCUCUAGACGUUCCUUGGGUAACCUUAUUGUCGAUGGAUUGUUUCUAUAAGGUGCUGAACGAGAAACAACACGAACAAGCUCUUCUCAAUGAAUACAACUUUGAUCAUCCAGAUGCUUUCGACAUGGACCUGUUAUUGGAAGUAAUGAAAAAACUGAAGGAGGGUAGGAAGGUAGAGGUGCCAGUGUACAAUUUUGUUACACACUCGCGCGAAGCCAAUACCAAAACAAUGUACGGAGCAAAUGUUAUUAUAUUCGAAGGCAUCCUCGUAUUCCACAGUCCCGAGAUUUUAAAAUUGAUGGAUAUGAAGAUUUUUGUGGAUACUGAUGCAGAUAUACGCCUGGCCAGGCGUCUCAGGAGAGAUAUUUCACAACGUGGACGUGACUUGAGCGGUGUGCUUAAGCAGUAUUUGAACAUGGUGAAACCAUCAUAUGCCAAUUACAUUGCUCCGACCAUGGCUCAUGCUGACAUUAUUGUACCUCGCGGAGGUGACAAUAAAGUGGCCAUACAGCUCAUAGUGCAACAUGUCCAUACACAACUCCAAUUGCGUGGUUUCAAAUUACGCGAGGCCUUGGCCAACUCAUACAACGAUCAACCAAUGCCAAGCUCCUUGCAUCUGCUGCCUGCCACACCACAAGUCAAAGGUCUUCACACAUUCAUACGCAACAAGAAUACUUCCAGAGAUGAAUUCAUAUUUUACUCGAAGCGCCUUAUACGAUUGGUCAUAGAGUACGCUUUGAGUCUCUUUCCAUUCGAGAACACAGUUGUUGAAACUCCCCAAUCAGUCUUAUACGAAGGCAAGCGUAUGGCAACAAAUAAAAUAUGUGGCGUGUCUAUUUUGAGAGCUGGUGAGACAAUGGAACAGGCCAUUUGCGAUGUGUGCAAAGAUAUACGCAUUGGAAAGAUUCUCAUUCAAACCAAUAAGGAAACGGAGGAACCAGAACUAUACUACUUACGUCUGCCAAAGGACAUACGCGAAUACAAGGUUAUAUUGAUGGACGCCACAGUUGCCACUGGUGCAGCUGCUAUGAUGGCCAUAAGAGUACUACUUGAUCACGAUGUCAAGGAAGAAAACAUAAUGCUUGCCUCGUUGCUAAUGGCCGAAAUAGGCGUACACAGUAUUGCAUAUGCCUUUCCAAAGGUGAAAAUUAUCACAUCAGCCUUAGAUCCAGAAAUCAACGAUAAAUUCUAUGUCAUACCUGGCAUUGGUAAUUUUGGUGACCGUUACUUUGGCACCGAACCAUCUGAAGAUUAUUAUUAGAUAGCAAGUAAUUAAAACCAAAUCUAUAAGAUAUACGAGAAUGAUUAUCAAUAUAUAAAGUAUGCCUAUUGAUAGCCAAGUGUUUAGUAGUAUUAGGAUAAUAAUAAUAAAAAUAUAACGAAAGCU